GUAAUUUCCGGCCUAAGUAUGGAAGUAUUUCUACACUGCCUGCUCCCUGCUGUUGUUAGAUAUUAAUCUUUUAAUCAGGAAUAAGUGCAGUAUGUAAAACACUCUUUGUUCGGCAUGUUGCUUUGAAUGGAAUCAAACGGAAAUGCAAAUGUUUUAGUUAAAUCUUCCUCUUGCGUGUUCAUGCAGGUCAUUUGAAUGUUACACACAUUACUGUAAUUUACUGUCGUGUGUAAAUCAAGUCAAUCCCAUCUGUUUGUUCAAAAGAUGUCAAACCCUCAUCGUCUUAGAUUAAGAGGAAACAUGUUUCGGGGUAAAGCCGGCGUAUUAAUAACCCACUUUAACAGCAUCUCUGAGGUGCAACUGAUGUUAGACUCAGCACUCGUGUACUGUAUUGGCUCUGCCUCAGUGUAUAAGUGUGAGUGUGAGUGUGAGUGUGUGUGUGUACAGCAUGAGUCACCCUACUCGCCUGUGAUUGGACGGUAGUUUAUGGGUGAGGGAGGGGGAGAGAGCUUUAGGGGCCGUCUGUCAAUCUCCCCUCCGCUCCAUUCACACGUUCAUCUGCAUGCACCGUCAUAGAGAGAGACAGAGGAAGUGAGCGAGAGCCUCUCAUUCAUAAAAAAAAGAGAAAAGUUCAUUCAUAAAAAAGCUGCACAAUUCUGCUGUGCUUCAGAAAGAAAAAGACAAGAAGGGAGGAAAGUUGAUGUGGAGGUGAAGCAGAGCUGGAAGCCUGGCAACUGACUGAGAAAGUCAUUAUGAUGGGACUGUUCUCAGUGUGACUGGAGCGGACCGGACUGGAUUUUAGACUACAACGGGACGUCCCCAGUCCCACGCUGUGCUCUCCUUCGUCCAGUUGCCCGAUUAUGAGAGAGCAAACCUUACCCAGGUUCAAAUCACAGAAAGGACUCUUACCAGGCAUGCUGAAGCGCACCAAAUACAGUCGUCUGCGCAACGAUUCGCUGUCGUCUCUGGAGGAUCGGCCCCAAAGAAUGCUGCCCCUGAAGCGGGACCUUUGCUUGGACUCUGAUUUCGCCCAGCUCGAUCCCGGGACGCCGACGCACCACGGGCCGUCCACCCUGAGGGACUUCAUCCCCCGCGUGGCCAACAUCCGAUUGCAAAGUCCUAUUUCCCUGCGGGGCCUGAGGGGACAGACAAACACCAUUGAUGGACACACUGACAGACCCUUGUCCAGAACAGAGUGGAGCUCAGGGCCUGACCAGAGGUUUUGUAGCCAACCUUCCCUCAAUGUGCCACUAUCUACUCACUCGGCUCUACGCUGCACAAAAAGACCCAUCAGCCUGCAUCGGAUGGCCAGCCUCCCCUGGACCCCCAGCUGUCCUCCUUGCUCCCAACACAGAGACUGUCUGUGUCGUUCCUCUGCAGCAGAUGACUGUACAGUGGUGGGGACGGCAAGCAGAGUGGUUCACCAUCACAUCAAGUACAUGGGUAGUGUGGAGGUGACCCAGUCCAUGAGAACCCUCGACUUCGAUACGAGAAUGAAAGUCACACGAGAGGCAAUCAGCAGACUGUGUGAGAGGACAUCAGCAGUGAAAACUAAAAGGCCGGUCUUUAAGGGACUGUCUGCUCUUCUGGGUCAAAUCAACCUCCAGUUUUCUGGGAGCAGGAUCAUCCUCACCGUCUCCACAGACAGCGUGACUCUGAUCGCCGCCUCCUCCUUACAGAUUGCCCACCACCCCAUGCACGCCAUUUCAUUUGCGUCAGGAGGAGAUCCAGACAUGGCAGAUUACAUCGCUUAUGUUGCCAAGGACCUCGUGAAUCGGAGAGCCUGUCACAUCCUGGAGUGUCCCCGGGGUCGGGCCGGUGAGGUUAUCAACAGCAUCGGUCAGGCCUUUGAGACUCGUUUCCGCCAACUUCUCAACCACACGCCAUCGCCGCUCUCCAACAAUCCCAGGUCAGCAGUGAGGAUCUGUCACAAAUGGAGCCCAGAGGAGGCGAUAACAGACCAAAAGGCCAAACAGGACGGUGAAGUCAGCAAGCACCGCGACUACUACAACGUGAUCCCAGGAAAGACGCCACCCGCUGGUGGAGUAGAGGACCUGCGGAUCACUAAGGAGGAGAACAAACAAGAUCCUGACAUACAGGGGGUCUGUUCGUUUCAGCCUGUUUCACUGUAUGAGAACUGCUCCAUCACAGAAGAAACUGCAGCUCUACCUGCAGACUCAGUGGUAUCUGAGGUCAGUGCUGAACGGUGUCUCUCUGAUACACGGAUCCAGGACCUGAUCCAGGAGGAAGGCUGGUUCCACGGCAGGUUAGGAAGGGAGCAGGCGGAGUCACUUCUCACCUGUAGUGGGGAUUUCCUGGUCAGAGAGAGCAGCUCUGCCUCUGGUCAGUACGUACUCAGUGGGAUGGAGGGAGCCACCGUGCGCCACCUGCUGCUGGUGGAUCCAAAUGGACAGGUGCGGACCCGUGAUCAGGUGUUUCUGAGCGUCGGUCACCUGGUGCGUUUCCACAUGGGCAACCAGAUGCCCAUCGUCUCUGGCAGCAGUGAGCUGUGUCUGAACCAGCCAAUCCUACAAAGACACUAGCACACACAGUCACAGCAUGCAUACAUUCAACACGUUUUCAUCCCAACUCGUCACAUACCGCCGCAUUGUCACGCCCCAUGGCGUUACACUCCUUGCCGUCGCUUUAUUUUCGGCAACAAAACCAUUAUAGUUACCCUUGGCGUCACUUUAGGAUUAGGCAACAAAGCCGCUAUAGUAGGAAGGGUAGGGUGGUAGGUUUAGGAACGAAAUACAUGGUUGAGCUUAAAACUACUACGUUU